CAUUACAAACAAACGUCCUGAUUCCGUCUUGUGUUAAAUACUAAUACUGUUCACUGUUCACUUGUCUCUAAUCAGGUCUGGUACAUUCUCUCUAGGACUCUAGGCAUACUCUUGGCCCUUUCGUUGCCUAACUUAUUUAUUAUCAACACUCAACCUGGGCCUCUGCCACUACUAGAUUUCUAGAUCUAUAUCUAGAUCUAAUUAUCUAGAAAUCUAGAUCUAAUCUCUAGAGGUAGAGUCUACCUAAUCCUAAUCAGUCAAUAAAUUUUAGUUUUUCAUGUGUUUGUGAUCUUUGGUCGCAAAAUAUGGCAUCCAGCAAUUCUUCGUUGGAAAAACCAAAAAACGUUUCUUCUCGCUUGUGGGAGAAAUUUAAAUCCCUGGAGAAAAGGACAGAUGAAGUUACAAAAAGAUCGACAGAAAAACGAAUCAAACAUCUUCAGAAACAAGUAAUGGAUACAGUAACACAAGAAUUUACUUCUCCUGAGGACAAAGAUAUUCUCAGAAAACAUGAUGUAAAAUUUGGACCACCUGUUGAGACUGUUGCAGGAAAGAAAAGGAAAACUGAAACUAAUCAUGAAUUCACAGGUACAAAAGAAGCUACAGCCACAUCCUCGUGUGACCUUUUGGAUUAUAUGAACGUGAAUCAACAUUUACAUCAAACUGAUCAUUCAAGGCCUCCUCCACCAACAGCCCUUGAAACCAAGAUUGACGCCGCUAUAAAAUCUGGAAAUUUGAAAGAAGCUGAAGAGCUGAGUGAUCGUCUUGCAGGCAGAGAAGCUGGAGAGAAAAUUGUUGCUGCUAUAGAUGCCAAAAAUUUCUUGGAAGAUAAAAAGGUUCAGGACCAGAUGCAAAAAGCAAAACGGAAAAGAAAACUGAAUUGGGGAUUUGAACCCAAGCACAGAUGGGAGACCAAAGGAAACAUGUAGUCUGUCAUACAUUCUCUAAGAUACAUAGUGUGACAUCUGUGGCAUGAGGGAUCAAGGGUUCAAGUACACAUGGACAUCUGGCUUCAGGCGGUCAUAGAUGGAGUUUGGUAUUAUUAGCACCAUCUCUUCAAUAAUAGAAUUGUGCUGAAUGUUCCAUUAUGUAUGAACCCCUUUCAAAGACUACUUUGCCUACUGUCAGACAUUUGAUGACUUUAAUUAAUUUUGUGUUACUUGAGAAUGAGUUGUAACCUUAAAGACAGGAUUACAUGCCUUUCUGUCCAUCUUUACACACAGCAGCAUGCAGUGAUCAGAUUCAAACAGUCGACUCAAGGGAACUCAGGCGUACUGGUCCUGUUGGCUUGGGGGAUCAGAGCUCAAAUGGUUCAGCCAAUCUCUACAAAAUUAUGUAGUUUUAGGAAGAUGACUCUCCACUUAUGUGACUCUCUGAUAGGGUGGGGUUAUUGAGCUGAUGGACUCUGCAAAUAAACCAAGGGUACAAAUAUCCCUGCUGGGGUAGUCUUGGAUCUAUUGUUUGCAAUGACAGUGUAAUGGGAUCAAGACUAGGUUGUCAACUAAAAUGUGUGAACAAUUUCUCUCUGACUCUGACCAGUGUUCAGUGUCCAAUAGACAAAGCCAUUUUCUUUUUUGCAUAAUUUCCACCUAUACGAGUGAGAAUUCUUCUCAAAACCCAAGAAAAACUCUUAUCAGGCUUUGUGUAUCAUCACUGCAUGGAGCACAAUUGUAUUACUGUUUUUGCUCACAUUUCUAAAAGUUUUCUCAAAGCAAUAAGAACACAAAAGACAGAAAACAGUAAUUGAAAAAUCAUGAAUUCUUUUUUAUUGGACAUUAGUUAUUUUAAAAAUAUCACUUGGAGACUACCAUUCUCACGUUAUCGUGCUAAACGAAUAUAUCGUAAAAAUUUCGAUAAAUUGAAUUGAUAAAUCACUCACUAGUUCACACUAAAAGUUUGUUUCCUGCUGAGAAUCAUUUGUUUUUAUAAGUACUUCUUAAAGGUACUGUCUGUUUGAAGAUUGAUGCUCUGUUUUGAGCCAUCUUCCCUUCAGUGUAGAUGCAAAAUAUUGUUCAAUGCUGUAAAAGUUUUGUCUGUACUACAGACCCAUGACAGUGGUCGCAGUCAACCUACUGUCAGUACAAAGGAAAUGUCAACCUACCUGAAAAGCUUCACCAAUGGUUAUGGUGAUGUCAUGCACUUUGGGUCUGUAAUAAGAAAUGUUAACAUAUAUCCAGUGUAGCACACACAUAGCGAACGUUUUCAUAGCAAAAAACACGCAUGGCAAACAGAUUUUCAGGUCCCAAACUUUUCUUUUACAGAUUCUUUGUAUUUAGAACGCAUACAUAACAAAAUUCGUACAUAAUGAAAAGAUUUUUGUGUCAGGUCAAUUUUGCUAGGUGCAUGCUAGGCUGUAGUUAUUUUUAUGUAAUGCAUCUAGGUCUUGCUUGGAAUGUUUUUAGUGUGAAAUUGUUUGGACGAGCAUGCUUUUUUGCUGUUUGGUUUACUCCCUCAACUUCAGCGUUAUCACAGAGACAAAAAGAAAAGCUAAAAGUGAUAUCAGCUUCAAUAAAUACCUUCCUCUCUGUUUUUCAUUUUGCUUACAAAUGUAAAUGAAGUGACCAAAAAAAAGAAAAUAAGUAUAAAGCUACAAAUUCCUUUGAUUUGAAUCGUGUUGUGAUUCCACCCACUCUUUUCAUCGAGUUCUUGCAGCUCAGAGUUAUCAGAAUUUUGAGUAUUCACUGAACUGCACAGGGGCACUGUUUGUUUAGUUGCUAUUUUACUGGGCCACAGUGCUGAUGACCCUGAUUCGAAUCCCCCAACGGGGACGAUCUAUGACUUGGGUUGUUGAGGGGUUAUGAAGGUGCUCUGCCUUCUUGACUAGUUGGAUGUUAAUUUUGGAGGUCCUGCUUCUGAAAUAAGCUUAAAAGAAAUGUUUCUUCUGACUUUGCUGUUCUUUAACUAAUUGUUGACUAAUUAAUGUUGCUGGUUCCUGCACCCAGGGUCAUGACUCUCUAACUCUCUAGAUCUAGAGGGGCAUACAUACUGCUUAGGGUCACUGAAUGAUGAAUGUGUUAUUAAAUUUAUUUUGACAGGAAGAAGAUGAAUGUCAAAUAAGAAACAAGCAAACUUAAAUUGUUUUCCUGUUGAAUUUAGUGGUUGUCAAGAAAUUUUAUGUAUAAGGUUGUAAUCGAAGCAGCUUGGUUGGUCCUGCUAAAGAGAAAGGAUUUCUAGCUGAAGGAAAAGUUGUAAUAAAAAAGUUGAAAAGUCCCACCAUACUUUCCUAUCCCUGUCUCCUAGAAUUGCGUACUGUAAUUUCAGAAUCCAUAUGAGGUAAAUUUUGCUUCCUCCUCCAUACAAUGAAAUGUUUUUAUAUAUACUUUGAGAACAUUUCAUUUGCUUGUAUGUAAAGAAGAACCAUUGCUGCUGUUGUCUAUUGCACAUGUACGUUUAUUUGAUUUUACACAUUUUCCAAGAAGUUCUAUGUAGAAGAGCAAGCAUAAAACACUUAAACAUUGUUUAUUUUUUUGUUCUGCGAGUGGUUACGCGAGAAUAUAAAAAAACCCAACUCUACAUGCUCAUGUAUGUUGCAAUUUGAACAAUGAUGUUUUUCAUCAUCAAUAUUUUGAUGUUUUAUCUGUGCUCGUUUAAUCCAAAAUAAUACAUCCUAUCUUCUGUUUUAAUGCUCUAUCUCUGCUGUUCUGUUUGCAUUUCAUGAACAUAGCAAAGAAAUCAGAUAUGUAUUAAAAGCAAGGCAAAAACUAAAAAAUUUGCUAAACGCAUGACAAAAAUCCUCGCUUGUGUGGUGGGGUCUGUCAGGUGCAAGAGAAGGCUUGUCUCAGCUCUGUCUUGUGUGGACAAUCGAACCGUUCUGCAGUAGAGAAAAGAAAUUGGGUGAACGUUAAAUCUAACUGACUUUGUAAAGUAUACAAACAAGCAUGUGUAUUUGUGCAUAAAUCAAUGUGGCGUUUACUCCAGCCAUACUCACCUUCUGAGAAUGUCUUGUAUCAUGUACACUUCGCUCACACACACACACUCACUCACACACACAUUCACACACACUCACACACAUUCAUACACUUACACACAGAUAUGUUCAUGCAUAAGUAUAUGUGUCGCAGUGUGGUGGAAUCAGUCAUUGUCAAAAUCAAAGAAACAAACAUUUUUCCAUCUGUUCGGAAAUAUUUAUCAAUUAUUUUUUUUGGCUCAACACCCUUUUUAUUCUUUAAAAAAAAUCAUAUUCCCGCUUGAACUUUACUGAAAACAUUUAUGAAGAGCACAAAAAAAGCAAUUAUUUUCUGUUUCCCCCCAUGACACUCAAGCUUUGGAGAUCAUCAAGUGUGUGUGUGUGUGUGUGUGUGUAUUCAUUCAGUCAAAAUACACAUGUGAUAUACCCAUGCAAUAUUUGUAUUUGUAUGGAUUUAUACUUGUAUGUAUGCAUUGUACAAAGUGCAUUUGUGUGUUUGUGUGUGUGUGUGUGUCUGCAUGUGCGUGUGUGUGUGUGUGUGUGUGUGUGUGUGUUUGUGUGUGUGUUUGUGUGUCUGCCUGUGUAGGUAUGCAUUGUAACUGACUUUGUCAAAGAAACUCAGAUUGGCAAAUAAAUGUCGCAUUCUAUUUUA